AUGGCGACCACCAUCACCAGGCUCUUGAACCACAUAUUGCUCUUCCUCCUCGUUGUCCAGUUCGCCGACGCAGUUCUCGUCGAAAAGACCGAGAACCACGUUGCGCUGAAGUCUCAGUCAUCGAGCACCACCUACAUCGUCCAUGCCAACGACCUCGCCAAGCCGCCCCACUUCGGCUCCCUGGAGGAGUGGUACCGUUCCAUGGUGACCACCCACGCCUCUUCCACUCGGGCGGCGACCUCCAGCGGCAUCCUGUACACCUACGACACCGUCAUGCACGGCUUCGCCGUCCAGCUCACUGGCGACGAGGCCCGGCUCAUGUCCAGCGCGCCCGGCGUCAUCGGCGUGUACGAGGACAGGGUGCUCUACCCUCAGACCACGAGGUCGCCGGGGUUCAUGGGCCUCGAACCCGGCAACGGCGCCUGGAAGCAGACCGACUUCGGCGACGGCGUCAUCAUCGGCAUCAUCGACGGCGGCAUAUGGCCCGAGAGCGCGAGCUUCCACGACAGCGGGCUCGUCCCCGUCCGGUCGAGCUGGAAGGGCAAGUGCGUCGACGCCCACGACUUCAACGCCAACUUGUGCAACAACAAGCUGGUUGGAGCCAAGGCCUUCAUCACUGCUGCGGACGCCGUGGCGGGGAGGAAGAGCCGUGGCAUCCCCUCCCCGAGGGACGAGGAGGGACACGGUACGCACGUGGCCUCGACGGCCGCUGGCGCUGAGGUCCGCAACGCCAGCCUCUACACGUUCUCCCGGGGAACCGCGUGGGGAAUGGCGCCCAAGGCGAGGAUCGCCAUGUACAAGGCAUGCACCGUGGUAGGCUGCCUGUAUGCGGACAUCGUAGCGGCGGUGGACGCUGCGGUGAAGGAUGGCGUGGACAUCAUUUCCAUGUCCCUCGGAGGCAACCCACCAGACCCUCCCUUCCACGAUAACGUUGUCGCAAUCGCCUUGUUUGGUGCGGAGCGCAAAGGCGUCUUCGUCGUCCUCGCUGGUGGCAAUGAUGGCCCGCAGGCAUCUACGGUGAUCAACUCGGCGCCGUGGAUGACCACCGUAGGCGCCUCCACCGUGGACCGGCUGUUCCCGGCGAGCCUCACCCUCGGGAACGGGGUCGUGCUCGCCGGGCAGUCCCUUUAUACCAUGCAUGCCAAGGGCACGCCCAUGAUCCAGUUACUGUCCGCCGACUGCCGACGCCACGAUGAGUGGAAGAGCUGGACGCCCGACAAGGUCAUGGGAAAAAUCAUGGUGUGCACGAAAGGAGCAGGCGACGGGCACGGCAUCCUCUUGCAGAAUGCUGGUGGCGCAGGGAUAGUUGGUGUGGAUCCUCAUGAAUUGUCUCGAGAUGGUUCCGCAACCUAUUCCUUCACUCUUCCGGGUCUCACGCUCAGUUACACCUAA